ACCAUUCACGAGAUUGUUUUUACAAUCUCUACCAGGUCUCGAUCUCCUUUUACUGCUAACCUAGCGGCGUUUGUGACUUGCAUGGACAUCAAGGAGCUAUAUUUUUUGCUCGAGUCUUAUUGAAUAUAGUUUCAAACAUUUCCACCGGACUCUCGUUAAUAACAUCAGUGCGUUUGUUCUCGUGGUUUAGUCGACAUGGAAAUCCGUUUUACGUUAUUAGCAACAAUGUUGAUUGUGGGAGUAGCUAUGGCAUUUCCACAAAAGGACGGUCAGAUUUUUAGUAACGAAGCUAUAAGGCAGGCGCAGAAUACUUAUCUUAUUCCGAAAGAUGCAACAAUACAAAAGGUUCAAGAAGGCAUCGAGUUGGCGGCCUACGAAUCGAUUCCCGGCGAUCAAAAGAUAAAUCUUUUCGAAAUUCUGGGAGCGCACGUUCCAACGGAAGUAGUGAACAAUCUCCAAGCCCAGAUCGAUCAGAUAGGUCGCAGUUAGACUUGCCUGCUCUCCUCCAUCAUCAUCGUUUCCUUGUAAAAAACGUUUUGCACCUAGGUUUUAUAACAACUAUUUAUAGAAUGUGAUAAGUCCUUUUAUAAUUUUGUACUUAGGCUUUUGCAUUUUUUUUUUCAUAAAUAAACGACCGAGAAUGACGCAA